GUUUCAUUUUGUGACAUUUGUUUAUUUUAUAGAAGCAGUUACUAGUGUCCUAUGCUGUCAUACCAUUAGUAGUACUAGUAAAUUUUGUGUUGGCUAGCAUAUAUAGUUUUCCCAAAAGUUGGAAAAAAUGAAGAGAAGAAAACAACAAUCAUCAUUCUAAUAAACAAUUGAAGGAACAAUUAUUGGAUGAAACAGUUUUGAUGUUUGUUAGUACCAUGAAGCUAGAUUCCUUGUUUGGAUAAAUUGCCUCAAUAUUCUUUUCAUUCAUACAUAUUUGGUGCUCAAAUUUCAUCCUUUACACAUUAUCAAGCUUGAGGGCUAUAAAGUAUAUAUUCAAAAGAGUAAGCUUAUGUGUAUUGAUGAAAAUUAUAAAGAAGCUCACUUUCUACUUCCAUAAAUUAAUGGAAAUGUUAGCAUUAAGAAAUGAAGAUGAUAUCAAAGUGAACUUCAACAGAGAUAUCAAUUUCAAUACUUUCUAUAAGCCUUAUCAUGUUACUACUACUACCGAAGAAGACGAAGAAUGUAUAGGCUUGAAGGUGGCAUUGUCAUGCAAAUAUCUAAUUUCGCAGAAUAAUUCGGAUACAGAAGAUGAAGCUGAGGACUUGGUGUUGCUAGAUGAACAAAGUCACACAACAGUUUUGUUACCGAAAAAACCAGAAGUUGUAAUGUUGUUUUCUUCUUCUGCGCUUGCUGAUGCUGACCGUGAUUUAGCUGCAACGAAGCUGCAGAAAGUUUAUAAGAGUUACAGGAUUAGAAGAUAUCUAGCAGAUUUGGCUGUUGUUUGCGAGGAGCUGUGGUGGAAGGAUUCAGACUCUUCUGCUUUUCAAAGGUGUUUGAUUUCGCAUUUUGAUUCUGAUAAAUCUGAAACCGCUAUUUCAAAAUGGGCAACAGCAAGAACAAUAGCAGCUAAGAUGGGAAGAGGGUUGUCCAAAGAUGAUAAGGGGCAAAGAUUAGCUCGAAAACACUGGCUUGAAGCUAUUGAUCCUCGUCAUCGAUACGGACACAACCUGCAUUUCUAUUAUGAUGUUUGGUUUCAAUGUCAAAGUUCUGAGCCCUUUUUCUAUUGGUUGGAUAUUGGAGAUGGCAAAAGAGUAGAUAUUGACAAAUGUGCAAGAAAGAAAUUGCAGAGGCAAUGCAUAAAGUACCUUGGACCUAUAGAAAGGGAAGCAUAUGAGGUAACUGUGGAAGGAGGGAAGCUUGUUUAUAAACAAAGCAAGAACUUUGUACACACAACUGAGGGAUCUAAGUGGAUUUUUGUUCUUAGUUCAUCUAGAGUUUUGUAUGUUGGACAGAAGGAGAAAGGAAAAUUUCAACACUCAAGUUUUGUAGCUGGUGCUGCUACCAUUGCAUCUGGAAGAAUUAUUGCUCUCAAUGGAGUACUUCAUGUUAUAUGGCCUUAUAGCGGUCAUUAUCGUCCGACAGAGAAGAAUCUUAUGGAAUUCGUUCACUUCUUGGAGGAACAUCAUGUGGAUAUGACAAAUGUAAAGAAACAUCCGGUUGAUGAUGAUAUUCCACCUCCUUUAAAACCUGUGGACGAGGAACUUCACAUUGAGCACAUAGAAAAUGUUGAAAUUAACAAGGCAUUGUCAAGCAAAUGGACAACUGGAGUUGCUCCUAGGAUUGGUUACGUGAGAGAGUAUCCAUCAAAACAUCAACUUCAAGCACUUGAAGAGCUCAAUCCAACACCAAAAGCCAACUAUGGAAUAUUUGAAGACAAAACUAUUCUUCUGUCACAUAGGCUUGAAAACAUGGAACCUAUCUAGCUCAAUGUUGUUCCAGCUAUAUACUUAUAUAUGCGGCAUUCAUGUGUAUAAAAGUUUGGACUAUAUGUUAUAUUAGUACAUAAUAUAGGAAGAUAAAGGUCAUAAAGGAGCAAAUUCAGCAUUUGUUUUUUGAUUUUGUUUCUUUGGCCAUUCUUUUUCAUUCCCAUCAACUGCACAGUUGCUUGUCCGACAAGUUUUAAGGGAGACGGUCAAUAAUACAUUAUUGUGUGGUUAGUCAAAAUCACAUGAGGAUUAAAAAAUA